CGCGCAGCUAUUCAACAAGCGGUUUCCGACGCAAAGACCAAGGCGGAGACAAUAGCUAGCGCAUUCGGACAGCGUGUUCGGGGACUGAUCAGUGUGGUCGAAACCGAGACGACGCUAGAACCACAACAAGGUGGACUCAAAUCGGCUGCACGUGUUCAAUCUCAAUCGGUAUCCAUUCUAGAUGGAGCUGCCGAUUUCUGGAGUGCCAAUCACAGAGCCGCACAACGAUGUAUCUGUGUGAAACUGGAUGCGAUUUGUGCCCUCGGCGAUUAUGUCUAG